CUAAAUCAAAACAAUAACAAUUUUUGCCGUGUGUUUAUUUACCAUCCUUGAGAUGUCGGCUAUUUGGACAUUUUCUCCAUCAUCUGAAGAAGUAUUGGAAAGAUGUAUAGCAGCUGCACAAAAUCCAGAACAAACAAACAAAUGGAUAUUGAGGUUUGGCCAAAAGAACGUAAAAAAACGUAACAUAACCUCGAUAAACAACGAUCAUGAAUCUUCAUCGAUAGUACCUGAAAAGCGGCCUGCAUUUAAGAAAAAUGAAGUUUUAAAUUCAGAACGUUUCGUCGAAUUAACUGAAUUGAUACAAAAUGAGCCAUUAGCAAAAUUUGAUCAUUUGGUUAGUGAAUGUGCUAAAAAUAACAAAUUACUUAUUUAUUUGGCUAACAAAUUGUGUGUCGGGGCGGUGGAGAAAAUAGUGAAUCAUACUUACGAAGACAAAUCAUUGGAUCCCAUGUUUAUUGAGGAUUUUCAUAAAUAUUUUAUACCAACUUUAUUACGUAAAGAACAUAGCUGGUUUGCACUAGACAUGCUAAUUAAAUCUCGCAAAAUAUAUCCAGAAGCCUUCGAAUUGUUGCUUAAAAUUAUAAUAAAAGAUACAGAUAUAACCAGCAAAGUUUUACAAGAUUUAGUUGAAAAUUUAAAUGAGGAACAAUUAACUGACUUUUUUAUUUUGCUAAUGAACAUAGAACUAUCAAAAGAAGAGUUUAUUCACAACUUGUUCAGCAUUUAUACAGCGUACAUAGGUUGCAACAAGAAUUUGGAUGUACAAAAUUGGGUUUUAGCACAGCUAACAAAGUACGGACAUAGUUGUAUCAGUGAAAAAAAUUAUGGUAAACUGCUACUAGCUUUUUUGCAAUCAGAAAAUGAAUCAUUAAGUUUCAAAAACUAUAAAAGUGUAGAACAAGUUUUAGAAAUACACAGGUCACCUUUCAGAAGACCGUGCAUGAUGUUAUUAAAGGAAAUAUUGGAGAAACUCAAGACGAUUGAUGUUAAUAAUGAUGAUAGCGAAAUAAUGUAGAUAUGAUGAAGUUAAGAGUAAUAAAAUAUAUUUUUCGUGUCACGUAAAAGUUUUAUUUAUAAAAUUGUAUAUAAUACAGUCUUCUUACUUAAGUACUUAAUGACUAAAUAACUUUGUAAUUUACAAAAAGUAAUAACUACAUUAAACAAAUAUUAUAAUUUCGUUUGUUAGAUAAUCAAUCAAUCAAUCAAACAAUUUAUUUGUCAAACAUAGGUACAAAGAUGCAGUUGUUGAAUAAUAAUACAGUUCACUGUCUUGCUGUUUAAAGCAUGCAAAUAUUAAAGGUUCAUGUAUUAUAAUUAUAAAAAAUUUUAACAAAUCAAAUUUAAUCCAUACAUAAUAAUUCAAUGUCAAGGAAAAUAUAAUAAAUAUUUGUAUUUUUGUCUAUAACUCAAAAAAAUUCUGGCACAAAAUUUUUAUAAGAGCAAAGCCCGCUUAAAAACUAGUUAUUAUGGCUCUUAUAAUUAUUGUGGUAUAAAAAGCAAGAACAAAAAACAGCCAAAUGGCCAGCUGCCAUAUUGGAUUUAAGAUCACUUGUUGAUCCAGUGAAAUAGUUUGUUUUUAAAUGUGUGCAGUAUAAAAGAAUUUAAACUUUAACUUUUUUAAUAAAACAGGUAUUAAACCCGCCCCUAACAUAAUGUUUGUAAUCAUGUUACAAUUAUUUGUUGCCAUCAAGGACUGACCAAAUGGAGAAACCAAAUAAUCCGAGAUAAAAUAAAGGUAUGUUACGUGCGCGUUUAAUACCUGUAUUAUUUUUAAAUGGUAAAAUAAUUUUUGUAAUUUAAAAGUAUAGGUAGGAUUCAGUAGUACUGUUUUCUACAAAUACCGGUAUUUUAAGCCAUGGGAAACGGUACUUUUUCCAAUACAUGUUUUUCAUUUUAGUUUCUCGAUAUUUAUAAUCGUUAUGUCCAUAGGUAACUAAAUGAAUACAAAUUUUA